UCUCCAAUCAAAACCAGUUCAGAAAGCACAUCUGGCAUUAAAACGAACAACUGUAUACGUAAAAUACACAUUCGCGGAGGAAAUGGCAGGAACUACUAGUAUGUUCAGCAACAACAUCUCUUUCGUGGCCCUUCUGGCCUUCUGCCUCGCCUGUUCUACGAUCUUCACUUCUCCGACGGAAGCUACAGGAAAUGAUACGGCUGCGUUUUACGACUCUCGCGAUGCUUCUUCUGCCUGCCCUAACGGUACGGUGACCGGAGGGCGAUUCCCGGCUAUGGUUCCGACCAAAGUAUUCGCUAAUGGAGCGGCCUGUGGACGGGUGUACGAAAUCCGUUGUGUUGGCGCGGUGAACGCUUUCCCGCGUCCUUGCAAAGGGACGCGUUCGGUGACCGUCACCGUUGCGAAUCAGUGCGGCGGAGACUGUGACACUUUCACCGUCUCCGCCGACGCUUUCGAUGUAAUAGCCAAACGCGAGGCCGGCCGUGUUCGGAUCGCUUACAAACGGUAAGCAGAAGAAAUUACUAGUGAAUUCGUUAAAUUUUUCAAUGAUAUUUUACAAAAUAACCUACAAAAAUAUGUACUACUUUUUUUUAUUUUACAGAGUAUAUAAUUUAUCAUAUUUGAACUUUGGCGGUAAACUAACGUAUUAUCGCUGCACUCUGAAUGUGCAGAUUGGGCUAGAGAGUAGAGAGCCAUUCAUCAGUGGUUGCGACAUGUGGAUUUUUAUUUUAUCGGCUGGAGCUUUGAGUGAGUGACGAAUUUUCGUAUAUGUUGUUUUUGACCUUAUAAGUUGUUCUGUGAUACUCGUGUAUUAGUAACGGGUUUAAUAUGAUUUUAUCUUGAUUUCGUGACUAAUAUCGAUACUAUAAGUCUCUGAAAGAUUCGCAGUACUAUGACCAAAUCGGUCUCUUGCCACGGCGGAAACGGUCACAAAAUGUCAAGUUCCGGUUCCAACAGGUUAUAGCGAUCAUUAUGUGUGGUUGCAACAGUAGUCACAUUUGCCUUGUUGGCAAAACAUUUGCUGACCAGUACAUUGUGAUUGGAGACCAAAACUGAGAAUGGUCAUUAAAUAUAUCUUAUUGCG